GCGGCGGUCGUCGUAGUCGUAGUCGACCGGGACACGGACACCUUUGGACGUGCGUUCCGCGAUCGGUUCCCGUUUUCGCGCGUUCCGAAAAUCAUCCGCGUCGCGUCGCCCAUAGUUGUCACCACCGGCACGUGCGCACACCGAUUUUCGAGACCCUCGCACCGGGUCCGCAGAGUCCACGGGGCUACCGUGCGUAAGGGCCCGUCCCGCGGAAAACGCGUGUGUGCGGCAUGCGCGUACGGCAGUGCGUGGGCAGCACGGCCGGCGCGUAACAAGUACUGUGCGCGCGCUAUGGGCACCACCGACUGCCGCAGGUAGUAAUAACGGCUGUUGAUCAUCGCGACGGGACGAUAGCUGUGCACCAACACCGCAGCCGCCGCGAAUUACUGAACCCUUCUGGGAAGAAAUGCUCUCGCGGUCGGCGGACGCCACCGCCGCCGCCGUCUCUGCUGCCACUGUCGAUUUCGCCUCCGCCACUACCGCCGCGGCCGUCGAGUCGUCCAUCACUACCACCGUCGUCGCUCUCGUCGGAUGAACCGGAUCACUGCGGUCGCAACGAAGACGACGACGACGACGCGAUGAGCUGUGCGGUUGCCGUGGACGACCUGCGAACGGACCCGUCGGUGCGCAAGUGCAGCACGAGCAGCACGAGUAGCGCGGGCAGCAGCGGCACGACGACGUCGGACGAGGAUCACGACGCGGCCGCCGUGGCCGUAGACGCCUCGCCGCCGGUAGCCACCGGCAAUGGCCGUGACCGUGCGGCGGCGGCGGCGAUCAAGGGACCCGACUCAGAGAUCCACACGGACCGAGACGAGUGUUCGUCGGACGAAAGCAACGGGCCGGACUCGCCGACCGGGCUGAAGGCGGUCGGUUCCGUAUACGAUUUCCGGCUGGACGGGGCCGACAGCCCGCCGUCAUCGUCGUCCUGCGUCAGUAACCCUUUCGCAGCGGUCGUGGGACCCGACGCCGCGGACCUGACCAAGGUGGCGCGCAAGCAGUUGCGCAUGAUCAGGGAGGUGGACGUGGCCGUAUGCCACCUGAACCACACUAACACGAUCAUCAGUAAAAUACUCAGCUCCAAGUACCUGCGACGGUGGGAGAACCAUCAAAUCCGUUUGCAGGACGAUUGCAUCACUUCGAACACGCCGACUGGAUUUCUUAACAAGACCAUUGGAUACGAAGCCAUAAAAAAUCUAUACCCGGUAAAAAGAUGGGAUUCAAAUUUUAAAUACUGUCUUCGUGUAGUCGUCACCAAUGGUUCAUAUUUGUUACAGACGACCAAUCAGUAUUUAAGAGAUCAAAUUCGUUAUUCAAUCUUAUGGAAGAAAAACGUUCACGAGACCCAAACACUUUUGAAGAGUCAAUCCGAUCCAGACGAUAUGUUAAAAGAGUUGCAGAAUAUAGUCGAUUUUGCCAAAAACAUUCCACUGGUUGAUGAUGAAAUAUUUCACAUGCCAACAUUCAUCGCGAGUACGCUUAUGACAAGAGACCAGGAAAAGUACUGUAAACAAUCAUGGGAAAAGGCACUAAUUGGUACGUUACGCCCGCUGAUUGAAGACUGUCCCCCGUCCGCCGAAAUGUGUUCGUUUUUAUCGCAUCAUUGCAAAGACCAAAGUAGCCUACCUAUCAUUAAAGAUUCCCUAGUUUACACCAUUACAAGAAUACUGAAACAUAAUUUUGACUUUGCGAGAACGCUGACGGCUCGCACUUUAGUACAAGAUUAUAUUAAGGCUCUUUACAUCCAGGAUCAAAGUGGUGAAUCAAUUAGAUACUUCCUGUCGAGAGUGCACAGUGCCAGCGCUGUAUGUCCUCAUAACAGGGUGCUGCCGAACAUGGUGUCCACCUGUAUCACCGCUAUAUACUCUGCUUCAGAAGAGUUGCCGGCAAAUUGUUCGGAAACCGAAUUCGAUUGCUAUUACACCAAUCACCUGAGAUGCUACAUUGUUGUUCUUCAAAACAUAUCAGAAUACAGCGACUGGCUGUACGGACUUGCUCAACUGUUGCGUCCGUUGCCAUUUCCCGCAUUGCUGUUAAUUCGUUCAAUUUUUAUGGAGGACAUGUCCUCUGUGAUAUUAAAAAUAGGACUGCACGAAGAUUGCGAAAUUCAUAAGCAGGUGUUAGCUGUCCGCGAGACAAAAGACGGCUGGUUCGAUUUAUGUUCGCCAAUAGGAGCCGUGUUCUGUGGAAGUUCACUUGUGUGGACUCAACUGCUUAAGACGUUAAUGGCUUGCGAUCGUUGCAAAAAAAAGAAAUUGUUGAAAAACUUGAAGGCCAAGCAUUUGGGAACUUGCGUCUCGGAGGCGUUAAAAAGCAACAAAAUUGUGAUGGAUGUUUUGUGUUUAAUGCUCGAGUGGAUGGUUGUGGAAGACUUACAUCAAAGAAAUCAAAUUGUUGAUACACUCAAGUCCACCGAAUUUGGGAGAAAAGUCUACGAUGAUUUUAUGUCAAGACAAAAUCAACUACUGGAAUUGAACCGAAAAGGUGGACCGCAGAAUCUGUCAUUACCAGCUCGUGGUACUGACUUGGACCUCAAUUCCAUGUUUGAUUGCGGUCCUUUCGGUAAUUUAGAGUCCGUCGAUUUGGCUUUUACAAAUGUCACAGAUACUUGUGCCAAUACUUUGAUCAAGUUACCAUCUUUAAAAGUUCUUAACCUGUGGGGCACUCAGUUUGGUGAUUCUGGGCUAUUAAUCAUAUCGGAUCAUUUAACCAACUUACAAGUGUUGAAUCUGUGCGAGACGAAAGUCACCGACAGAGGAAUCGUAUCGCUCAUAAGUCUUAUAAAUUUGAAAAAACUUAAUUUAAAUAGCACCAAAGCAACAGUCCGCUCUGUAGAUGUAUUGAAGAAAAAACUACCAGGUCUGCACGAAGUAGAUGUCAGAUACUCUUUCGCCUGGUAAAAAGUAUUUUUUUGUUAUGUUAUUAUAAUGUGUUCAACAUAAAAUGGUUAUUAUAUUAAUUUUUAUUUUUGUUGACAAUCUGCCUGAAAAACACAUUUAUCUAAGUAUUCAUUUUACGUGCAACUAUAAUAAUAAUAACAAUAACGAUUUAAUAUUAUAUAAUAUAUAACUGUUUUACUCUUCGAGUAUAAAAAGACUGUGGCCCCGUUUUUUUUAUACAUACUUUUUACCUUUAUUUAUAAUAUAUUACCGAAUAAAUGUUUAAGGUAAAAAAUAAUUGUUAAUUGACAUUAUUCAAUGUUUUGUUGAUAAUAUAAGUAAAUAUUAAUGCUUAAGUGACACCGGGACACUGCAUAUAAGACUAUGCCACAAUGUUAUAUUAUCUAUAGUCGUGCCUUUUUCUUUAAAAAGCUAAUUAUAUAGAGUAUAUGUAUUACUCGUACUUAAUUUUACUUAUAGAAACGCUCAAAAUUUUAAAUUUCCAUUACGAUUUUAUUAUAUUCAUAGAUAGGCGAAUACGUCAUAUUUGUUUAUAAUUUUUUUUAUUCAACUUUUUUAUCGUAAAACAUUCGUAUAAAUGUGUAACAACGAAUUUCGACGAACAAAACUCUUUCACGGCGGAUUGUUUGAAUUUUGAUUCUGGUUUUACCUACCAUAAAUUAUAACUAUAUGAAAACUAAUAUACACGGAACAAUAAUUUAAGUGUAUGUUAAAAAAAACAUGAAAUCUACACAAAAAAGGGUACGAACUGUGAGGGUAUAAAGAAUAAUAUAAAGAAAACACCAGGUAAAUGAUUAAUACCUGUGUCAUAAAAUGUAGGUAGGCAUAAUAUUAUCACAGUAAUAAUAUAAUCAUUAUUUAUUAUUAA